AUGGGAUUGCAUUUAGCUGCUCUGUUUCUCUCCAUUUUCAUUUCACCACUCUUCGUUUUCUCCUCCGAAAUCACCAAGUCUAACCAGCACUUGGUCAAUGAUCUGGAGGCAGCUAAGCUCAGAAUAUCUCAAUUGGAAGCUGUUCUUGAGGCGACAUUACAAAAGGUAGAUGCUAAGACCCUUUACUUGAAAGAGCGUGAGAAGUUGAUCCAAGUUGCUGAAUAUCAGAUCCAUGAUUUGCAGUCUGCUUCAUUCAGUGACGAGAGUGGUUUACCUUUGGUGCAAAAAAGGAUUAGUGAGUUGGAAGAAGAGGUUAAACUCCUAUGGGCUGCUUUGAGAACAAUCAACUUCGAGCUUCAUGUUUUAGAGGAUAAGGCAAGGGAUGCUGAGAAGAAAGUUGCAGGUAGAGCUUUGGAAGUUGAACAGAUGACCGAAGUUGUUACGGAGCAGUGGAUUCAGGUUCAGCAUCUUGAGCAGAUGAAAGAAUUCAAUAACCGAAGGCAUCACACACCAAGCAGAUGCUCGUUCUUGAAGCUCAUGAGUGACCUUCAUUGGGAGGGAAAGACGGUUACUCUCUAUGUGCAAUCGUAUCUCACACAAGCUCUGUCACAGUUAAAGAGCCUCUGGGCAGCUGUUACCAAAUAUCACCACCAGUUGCAAGGCUUCAUCAAGCAUGAGAUGGAAAGAAACAAGAUCACAUCGGCUCUCGCAAAUAGAGAAGUAGUGUUUUUCGUGGCAUCUGCACUGAUUACAUUCCCGGUGUUUGGAGCAUGGAUCUUACUCUCUUCCUAG